CAUUCAUGUCAGAAGUUGGGUGUUUUUGUGUUGCGGAAUUUUCUCUCCCCGGAUAUUUUAUUUCCUAAUUUAAUUACAAAGAAGACGGAUUGUGUGAAAAAGUGACAAUGGAGGCCGUGCCGCGGCUGCCAAUGCUGAGCUUUGAGGCCAAACAGAGUCAUGAGCCCACCUCCUUCAGCAGUCUCAAGCGAUACAUCGCAGAAUUCUACCAUGAAGAUCCUGAAUCGUAUGCCAAGGAAUUUCAUGCACUGGAAAGUCUCAGAAACAGUGCAGUUAGGGCCAGUCAUGACAUGGAUGGAUGUUCGACCAUCAAGAGGUACUAUUGCCAAUUGCAUUCCCUGGUGCAUAGAUUCAUGAGCCACACUGGAGAUCAGAUAUCCCUGACAUUUGCCUGGAAGGAACUGUAUUCGGGGACAGCGACAACUUUUACGGACAUCAAUCAUGAGAUGGCAGCAAUUCUCUACAAUGCCGGAGCCUUGCAUACACAGCUCGGAGCUGCUGAUGCCCGGACCAAUGAAGAAGGAAUGAAGCUGGUUUGCACCCAUUUCCAGUGUGCUGCAUGGAUUUUUGGGCAUUUGCGUGACAAUUACAAGAAUGUGGACAUGGGAGAUUUGGGAAGGCAUCUCAUGUUCUUCAUGCAACAACUCUCCUUUGCCCAAGCCCAUGAGUGCAUCCUGGAGAAAAGUCUGACGGACAACCGAAAGGCAGCUACAGUGUCCACAGUGGCCAGUCUCAUUGUCAACUUCUACACAGUCGCCCUGGGGGCUCUGACCACGGGCGGAGAUGAGGGAAUUGUGUAUGAGACAGUCGGAAGUCGCACAUUCAAAGAAUGGAAGCGCUACGUGAAAUUCAAGAUUGCCUACCUGACGGCCAUUCUCUAUCUCUAUCAAGGGCAGCAAUAUGAGGAAAUGCAGAAGAUGGGCGAGAGAGUAACACUCUACCAGGCAGCUUUUGAUAAGCUCGAGGAGGCCAAGAAGGAGAGUAAGGGAAUGGCCAAUCAGGAACAAAUUAAUGAAGCCCUCAUAUUCACAAUGGAUGUAAUUGAGGCCAAGAGGAAUGCAGCAAAAAAGGAAAAUGAAUACAUUUACCACGAACAAGUACCAGACUUGGCUACAAUUCCGCCAGUUAAAGUGGAAAAGAAGUUGAUGAUGAAUGGAAUUGGUUUCAAUCCUUCGGAUCCGGAAUACGUCAACAAUGACAUUUUUCACAGAUUGGUGCCCAUGGAGGCUCACGAGGGCAGUUCACUUUACAGCGAGGAAAAAGCAGCCCUCUUGAGGCACGUUGGGGCCAAAGUCGAAGAGAAAGAUGCUGAACUCAACGCCUUUGUCAACUCUCUCAAUUUGGACUCACUUCAGUUUGAUAACACAGUGAAAUUGCCUCAAGGCAUUGUUGAUCGCUGUGCUGCUUUACAUGCUCGUCCUAAUGCCAUUAGUGACUUGGUGUCUUCAAUGUCGAGUUUGGCUGAGUCCUGCUCAGACGUUGAGUCAAUGCUCCAGGAAAUCCGGGAGUUGCUCGAAGAGGAAGAUGCUCGAGAGAAAUCCUAUCAAAAGACAAUGGGUUCUCGGCCAAGUGGGCAUUUUUCUGAGUUAAUUCGUGAAUAUCAGAAAUAUCAGGAAGCUCACAAUAAAGCUGGAGAAAGCAAUGAGACUCUGAGAAAGGCAAUGGGUCUGCAUGUGUCGAAUCUCAAAACUCUGGCACAACCACUGUCAGAAAUCACUGGAGUUGUUCCGGUGAAUAAAGAGGCAGCUGAUGAGAGUCACUUUGCUGAGCUGAAGCAUCUCUUGACCAAAGUCAAUACGAUGAAAGCUCAAAGGGCAACUCUUGUGCAAGAAUUUAGAGAUGGUGUUACAGCUGAUGAUAUUACAGGGAAAAUUGUGACGUGGGAAAAGAAAUUGGAGAAGUUGUUUAAGAAGGAACUGGCUAAGCAUGACAAAGUUGUGUCUCUCAUUGAACAGAAUUUGUCAGCUCAGAAUAAUAUUUUGAAGGCACUAACUGAUGCCUAUGCAAAGUGUGCACCUCAGAUGAAGGCUCUAGUGGAGACGAAGCACAAGAGAGAACAUUUUUUCUCAUCUCUAGCAGCUUCCUAUGACAUUUACGAGGAUUUGCUAGGGAAGAGUGCCAAGGGUCUUGAGUUUUAUAGAAAACUCCAGGGAAAUGUUCAGAAAUUGGUGACGAGAAUCAAAGCAGCCAGGGAUGUGCAAGAAGAAGAGCGUCAGCAGCGACUCAAAUCCACAAACAUCACACCAUCGCCGAGUCACAGUGUCUCAGAAAAUCAAUCGGUGUCUGUGAGUAAAAAUGGACCCAAAUUGAAGGAUUAUCUAAAGUCGGGGACCUUGACACUGAGCGGUGGCUCAUCAACGGCAUCCAAUGUGGAGCAAACUUCAUACAUUCCACCUGCAGUGAGACCAAAUCCCUUGGGAUCAGAGAACACCUCCACGUCAACGUGCGUAACCACUACAACAUCAGACAAAUUCAUGUCACAGACGGUCGUUGGAGGGUAUCAGAAUAUCUAUUAUCAGCCUGAUCCAACACUGCAAAAUUACGCUCCUGCCAGCAGUCAAUAUCAGGAUGGAGGUCAGCAGUAUUACUCUCAACAGCAGCAGACACUGAGUCAAGCAUCACAGGUUCAGUCUGGUUACACGAAUCCCAUCUAUCAAUCGCAGUACUACUACACAACGGCUCAAGGUGCAAAUGUAUCUCAGUCGUCACAGAGUGGUGUCUCUGACACUUACACUAACCCUGUUACCCAAACAUCGUCCAGUUCUUAUCAGGCCCAACAGCAACCGGCCCAGCAAUACCCCACCUACAACUAUUAUGAUCAACAACAUGGUUUUGCUGGUGCAUCAUCAGUCAAUAGCUAUUCGGCUAAUGUCCAACAAGCUGCUCCAAUUACUACACAUUCCACCAGUAGCAUUCCUGCCGGUGGUCAUAUGUCCACGUGUGUUGAUCCACAGCAAUCUUACUACAACCAGUCGAAUUAUAGCUAUCCCUUGACUUACUCUGCAACUGAUCAACAGAAUCAAAUGUAUUACCAAUCACAACCAUCUCCUGCUCCUUCACACUCUAGCGAUACUUCCGUCAGCGGAAUGACGCAACAGGUGGCUGCGAUGUCUUUGAAUCAGGGCUUAGGUCAAACCUACAGCCCUCAAACCUGGGAUGGAGUAGGUUAUACCGGUCAGAAAUCAACGCCAGAAGUUGAUGGAGCCAAUCGAGCUCAAUACGGUUAUGGGGGUAAUCAGUAUGAAGCUGCAACGAGUGUUGGUCAAAUGUAUGGGCAGUAUACGACUGGAAUGGCUUAUGAUCAGCAACAACAACAACAACAGUAUCCUGUAGUGUCACAGACACAGCAACCUCAGCAAAUGGUACAGGAUCAGCAAGUUACAAAUCAAUAUGCCAUUAACGGUCAAACCCAGUCGUAUGCCUCUCAUCCUGGCUAUGUUUACAAUUCAAUGACCGGGGAGUAUCAAUAUGCCAGUGGAUAUCAGAUGGAUGCAAGCGCAAUGUCUCAAUAUGUUCAGAAUCACUAUACGAAUGCGGGAGAGGGUGGAUACGGUCAGACUGUGGCUAGUUCGACAUUUAACACAACUGGGUCAACAUACGAUACUACCCAGUACGCGUAUCCAGUAACUCAGCCCGUUACGGCCGUUGCAGGUCAGAUUUCUGCGACGCAGGUUCAAACAAGCCAGGCUGUAGAACCAGUUGUAGUUAAUCCAGAACCACCUGCAGCUGCAACAGCUGCUGUAGCUGAUCCAACUCCUCCUGUGACUCCGGCUAAAACGUCCAAUUUGGACUUGCUGUCGGGCAUUGAUUUUACAACACCAGACAUUCCUGUGACUCCACUUCUUCAACCGAAAGUCAUCUCAACAUCAGCAGCAGCCACAGCCAAAGAAGAACCAGUUAAAGUGGAAAAGAAUGUAGACAUUCUGAGCAAUGUUCUGGCUGCUGAAGCUGAAACUAGUACAGACAAAGGGUCUCUGGAAGUUCUUGAGGCAACUCCAGCUCCAAAAUCAAUUCCAUCGGUUUUUGACAGGAAAAUGAGCGGAGAAAAUGUCUCUAUUCUCUCCCAAUUGGAUUCUCUUGACCAAUUGAGUGAGACAUCUAGCGUGAAGAAUGAGGAAUUGGGAAACAAUGAAACUAUUUUGGGCAAAUACAAAUAUGCAUUUGAUGAUCCGAAUGUACUCAAAUGGUUCCACAAGGAAGUUGAGAGAAUGGAAAAGUUUAUUGAGGGAAUAAAUAUCAAAACAUUGAAUGGAUCGACACCAUUGGACACAAAGUGGAAGGAAUUGCAGGAUUUACUCGUGAAGGAUGAAUCAAAGCGUACAAUAACUGUUGCUAAAUGGUUCUAUGAGAAGAACUGGAAGAAUUUGAAAGAAGAUUACGUUCCGUAUGAUCAUGCAAGAGUUAUUUUGCCAACAGAAACCGAAGAUUAUAUCAAUGCUUCGUACGUGAGGAUCCCAGCGGAUGGAACUGUGGAACUAGGACCUGGGUGUCCUCAGUUGAUAUUGGCACAGACGCCAAAGGCAACAACUUUCAAAGAUUUUUGGUUUAUGGUGUGGUCACAAAAGUCUCAAGUUGUUGUAUGUCUGCAUCCUCCAACUGAGAUUUUGGAUACUUUCUGGCCAACACAGGUAAAUUCGGAAGUGACUCAUGGAGACUUUUCGGUUACGCUCUUGCGCCAAUUUGAUCUGUCACAUUGCCUGGAAAUGAGUCUCAAGGUGACAAUGGUGGGCAGUGAUGCCAUCCUCAGUCUCAGUCUCUUGCAAAUGAAGAGUCCCUGGGGUAAAGGAUCUUGUGGGCAGAUCUUGGGAAUUGCCCAGAAUGUCAUUGACACUCUCAAGAGACAUCAGGCUCAGGAUGGUGGUGCUGGAAAGUCCUGGCCAGUUGUUAUUAAUUCAUUAACUGGAGCUGAUAGAUCUGGAUGUCUUUCGGUGGCCAUAACAGCUAUUCUGGCUACACAAGUUAGACGUCCUGUUCUCAUCAAUGUCAUUGAUGCAUGGUACAGAAUUUGUUCGCAAAGAAAAGGUGCACUGGAAGAUGCUGAGAAUCUGCUUCUCUCUUACAAAUUGGUUUUAUCCCAUGGGCAUGAACUUCUCAAUAAACAUGGUAUUAUGACAUCGUAUCAAAUGAAAACAGCUCAGACGGCAACGGUUGAAGCUAAGGAAGAGAUCAUAGAUCCCCUGAGUCAACUCGAUCCGCUCUGGAAGCUGAAAUGAAACGCUGAUUGGGUGGAAUUGUUGAUAAAGAUUGUGCAUUGUUUCUUAUUCAUACAUUUUAUUAUCCUGAAUUUAUAUUAGCUCAAGAGUAUAUUAAUCUAUGAAUAUUUAACCAUGAUUAUAGAAAUUUAUUAUAAAUUGACUAAAAAGUU